AUCAUGUUAGAAAAUCUGCCCGCUGAGAUUCUCUACCUCAUCGCAUGCCACUUGCCUACCGUCAAUGCAUUGGUGCAGCUCUCUCGGACCAGCAGACGUCUGCAUGAAACCAUCGCCGUUGAUAAUUGGCGGAUCUUUCGUGCCUUUGUACAGAAACAGUUCCCCGGUUCGAAAAUCCCAGAUUUCUGGAGGGAAGCAGCUCACUCGCUCACGUCUCGCUCGCGAGCCUUGGACAAGUAUGCUGUCCUAGGUAGGUUUGUCUUUCCGCCACAGGCAACCAGAAUCGGAUCUGAAAAAGCGAUCCGAGGUGACAGGCCUACGCUUGGCUAUCGGCCCGCCCUGGACACAUAUGAGACCUGGAACGGUUCAGCGUGGAACGACCGCCGAGAGGUUCUCGCUUGGGGUGCGGCAGACGAAAUCUUCUUGCGAGUCAAGCAUACAGGCUCGAAACCCCUUGAGCAAUGGAUUAUCUUCAGUGAUCUCGAGCAUAUCAGCAGUGUAGACGACAUUUGUGGCCUACACAUUUUGAAGCCAAACCAUCCGGCCUAUGAAAAAGGCAAGGAGCAUCUGAUCUUUGCUCGCGCUCGGGGCGAACUGCAUCAUCUCGCGAUAUCAAUCGAUGAGCCCUCGCAUAGUUACCAGCAAGUAUUCGAGACGUAUGGCUUGGGCGUGGAGCGCACCGACUUGAGCAACGGGGAGGAGCCGAUACUCGCAGCGCACUGGAACAACGGAACCAUCGCGCUGUACAACACGGUGUCGACGAGCUCGAGAGUAUCAGAAUUUGCGCGUCUCCAAAUCGACCCGGCGAAGAGAACCCGCAAUAGAUACUCUAAGUUCCUUUCACCUGACCUCCUCGCCAUCGGGACAGGGCGCACCGACGAUGCAAUCACAAUCUCCUCUAUCACCAGUGAGCGUGUAUCACUCGACCGGGAAAUCAACCUGAACCUGGUCGACUAUGACAGACUCGAUUCCUCUACGGCGAUCAAGUCAGACGUCAACGCCAUCGCACCUUUAAACAACACCGGACAGGUCUUUCUCGCAGGAUGGGGCGAUCGAGCCGUCAGACUCCACGACCUCCGCUCCAACAAAGAGCACGAGAUGACCUACCGCGACCCCACCGACGACAACCCGAUCUACUGCAUCCAUCCAUUUACCCACAACCGCUUCGUAGUCGGCUCCGGCGGCGAAGCCCUCGUCAAAGUCUUCGACCUCCGCAUGGACCACGGCUACAACUACCUUGACGCAAAGCCCACAAUGCGGAGCUUCGCGCAUACUUCCCGACGAACCACUCCCACCAAGUCCACCAAAUCUCUCGACACACAACUCCGCCACCUAACCCUCAACUCCCCCAACGACAUCAACCACAACCCGCGCAAGGAGAUGUCAAUCUACCUCUCCCACCCGGCCCCAACCACCUACCACCAGCCCCGGAGCCAGCACCCCCGCCCCUACCGCGGCGCCAUCUACACGAUGAGCUCCCCAUCCCCCAGUUCCCCGACCAUCUACACCGGCGUCGCCGACGGCGUGAUGCGCCUGGACUUCGUCGCGACCGACGACCUCACCAUCGGCGCGGACCGCGCCUGGUUCGCGGACCCGCUCUCCCUCAACCUGCCCGCAACGACCCAACCCACGCGUCGUCGUCAUCGCGCGGACCGCACCCUCGAUCUAUCGGGAUACGAGCGUCCCGAUUCCGCGAACAGCACCGCGGUCGUCCGGCUGCGCACGCAGCAGCCGUUUGACGCGGUCACGGACGAGGACGUCGAGGAUGAGCUUGCGACCGGCUGGGAUCGUCGGUGGACGAAGUUGAGGGAUUUCAGCGCCUGGCGGCGAGCUGUAUGA